AUGAACUCGGCGCCGUUCAGUACGUUACUACCACCUCCAAAGAAGGAAUCAUCCCCUACUGUCGCGUCUGCACACCAGUCUCCUGAGAACCAGGGCGAUGAGCCCGUGGCUGGUAUAGUGUUUGACUCGCUACAGCCGGAUGGCAUCCCAAAUGUCUCAUUCCAGGAUUUUAUACCCAUCAGGCAAAGGGACUUCAAUAUGGAAAUACCCCUCCCCAGCAAGCAAGAUAUUGAACAAACGUUUCAGAGGACGAAGGCAUAUUUUGACAAGUUGCUGAACAACAAACCCGCCACCAACUCUCGGCCGAGCACUGACGCUCGAAGCGGCAAGGGGAACUAUAUCGAAUAUAAAACGACAGAUGCAUUAACGAAUAAAAGCACAUCGCGGAUCAUAAAGAUUGUUGACCACGUAGCCGAUCCACUACAGCCUUCCCAAAUAAAGAGAAAGAAAGUCGUUGCCCCGCCUACAGAUGAGCCUGUUGCCCCUAUACUUCACAGCGCCACAGAGAAGUUGACUAAAGAGCAGCGUGAGCAAUGGCGCAUACCUUCCGCUGUAUCUAACUGGAAAAAUCCAAACGGGUAUGCGAUAGAUCUGGAAAAACGUAUUGCAAUCGAUGGGAGAUACAACAGGGAGGGUACCGCCAUACCAGCAGUAAAUGAGAAACUUUUAGAAUUAACGAAUGCCUUGGAAGAAGCUGAAUCGAAGGCACGGGAAGAAGUCAGAAACAGGGCCGAAGCUAGAAAACAAGAGGCCGAACAGCAGGUGCGACUAAAAGAAGACAAGCUACGUGAGCUAGCGCAACGCUCCCGGGAAGAACGGCAAAGAAAAAGGCGACAACCGAUUGACCAUGAGGAGUACGAUGAAUCUGCGAUAAUAAGACAGACAGAGCGUAAUGAGAAACGGGAUCAAAUGAAAAAUGAUAUGCGUCUUUCCAAGCUCAGUACGGCAGACCGCUUGCGGGUGCUCGCCCACGCGCAGGGGAGAGAUGUCUCUGAAAAGAUUAUUCUGGGCGCAGCAAAACCAUCCGAAGUGCCCGAUGUUCACUAUGACUCUAGGCUCUUGACUAAAGGUGCAGGCACUGCGGUACCCGGGGCCCCCGAGCAGGUAUACGAUGGUCCCCUCUUUGCGCAAAAUGCGAUGGAUAGACUCUAUAAACCUGCAAGGUUCACUGGACCCGAGAACGAUGCUUUGGAUAUCCUGAGUAAGAUGACAAGUGAACAAAGAUUUGAGGACCAAGAUCCUGGAACUUCAGUUGACCAGCAGCAGACAUCGCCGGGAAUGCAGAAAUCUGAUGCAAAGCAGGAUUCCGAACACGACCUAAAACGCACGUGA